CAAUCUUUUGGUUGAGCGUUGAAACGAACUGAAUAAGUUCCGCUGCGAGAGCGUGGCGCAGCAAUCUCAUCCGGCUGCCGGCGCCUCUCCUCCAACUUCCCAAAACCCCCAAUUUUAGAAAAUGUUACCCGACUUCUGCAACUAGAACAACACCCAACAGAACCCUCACUUCCCAUGCCAGCAAUGCCUUACUCAAUCUUCUUCCGCGGCUAUUUCAGGGCCCCCGUCUCCAUUUCCCUCAGACCCACUUCGCCAUUCCCAUUCUACACACCCUCCUCAGUUUUCAGACCUUGGGUUCGUCGCCUUUUUUUCUCGAGGAAACUCUCCAUGGGCCUUCUGAACUUGCACCACCAUCCGGGUCCCGUCUCCGGUGUCAGAUGUAUGAGCCAAUCCAAGUGGGUUGAAGUUGCGUCGAGGGAGAAGCAGCACGACGUGAGGGGUUCGAGGCAGAGGAAUGUCGCGCUCCCCUUUUGGCAGCAUCAGCCCACCUCCAAUUAUGGCCGGUUUGCGUACGAGGAUGUGUCCAGUGAUGAUUCCGACAUCGAAUUUGGGUCUCCCCCUGGCCAAAUGAGUGCAUCAACCCUUGAAAACAUAGAUGAGUGGAGAUGGAAGUUAACUAUGCUUCUACGCAAUAAUGAUGAUCAAGAAGUGGUGUCAAGGGAGAAAAAGGAUAGACGUGAUUUUGAGCAGCUUUCAGCAUUGGCAACCAGAAUGGGUUUACAUAGCCGUCAAUAUGCAAGAGUGGUCGUAUUUAGUAAAGAACCUCUGCCAAAUUACAGGCCGGAUCUAGAUGAUAAGCGACCACAGAGAGAGGUGGUCUUACCUUUUGGGGUCCAAAGGGAAGUUGAAACCCAUCUAAGAUUGUACCAAUCGCACAACUCUACAACAAGAGGACGUUUUUCAAAUAGUUCCUUGUCAACAUCUGGCAUUUCAGGAAAUGUUGCUAACAAUAAUGGUCUGUUUGAGCACCAGGAGCCUUUGACAACACAAAGUGUUGUAAUGGAGAAAAUUAUUCGCCGCAAAAGUUUGCAACUGAGGAAUCAACAACAGGAUUGGCAGGAAUCUCUUGAGGGCCAAAAGAUGAUGGAAUUUCGCAAAAGUCUCCCUGCAUUCAAAGAGAGGGAAACAUUGUUAAAGGCCAUUUCAGAAAAUCAGGUGAUUGUUGUCUCAGGCGAAACUGGUUGUGGUAAAACCACACAGCUUCCGCAGUAUAUAUUAGAAUCUGAGAUCGAAGCUGCUCGUGGAGCUUCUUGUAGCAUUAUCUGUACGCAGCCUAGACGUAUUUCUGCUAUGGCUGUUUCUGAAAGAGUUGCUGCAGAACGUGGAGAGAAACUGGGAGAAUCUGUUGGUUAUAAAGUUCGGCUGGAGGGCAUUAAGGGGAGGGACACUCGUCUUCUCUUCUGCACCACUGGUGUACUAUUGAGAAGAUUGCUUGUUGACAGAAAUUUGAAAGGUGUUACUCAUGUUAUUGUUGAUGAGAUUCAUGAACGAGGAAUGAAUGAAGAUUUCCUCGUGAUUGUCCUGAAAGAUCUUCUUCCUCGACGGCCAGAUUUGAGGUUGAUUUUAAUGAGUGCUACUCUAAAUGCAGAACUUUUUUCCUCUUAUUUUGGUGGUGCCCCAACAAUGCAUAUUCCUGGUUUUACAUAUCCAGUUCGUGCACACUUUCUGGAAAAUAUUCUAGAAAUGACUGGCUAUCGGUUGACUCAAUAUAAUCAAAUUGAUGACUAUGGUCAAGAAAAGGCAUGGAAAAUGCAGAAGCAAGCACAAGCUCUAAGGAAAAGGAAGACUCAGAUUGCUUCAUCUGUUGAGGAUGCAUUUGAGGCUGCUAACUUUUCGGCAUACAGUCCUAGGACCCAGGACUCUCUGUCCUGUUGGAACCCUGACUCAAUUGGUUUCAACCUCAUUGAGCAUGUCCUCUCUUACAUUGUCAAGAGGGAGAGGCCAGGUGCUAUUUUAGUUUUUAUGACCGGUUGGGAUGAUAUUAACUCUUUAAAGGACCAGCUCCAGUCUCAUCCUAUAUUAGGGGAUCCUAGCAGAGUCUUGCUUCUUGCAUGUCAUGGUUCGAUGGCUAGCUCUGAGCAGAAAUUGAUAUUUGAUAAACCCGAAGAUGGAGUUAGGAAAAUAGUCCUAGCUACAAACAUGGCUGAGACCAGUAUCACCAUCAAUGACGUUGUUUUUGUUGUUGACUGUGGAAAAGCAAAAGAGACAUCCUAUGAUGCACUAAAUAAUACCCCUUGCUUGCUUCCAUCCUGGAUCUCUAAGGCUGCCGCACGACAAAGAAGAGGUAGGGCUGGUCGUGUUCAACCUGGCGAGUGUUACCAUCUAUAUCCUAGAUGUGUGCAUGAUGCUUUUGCUGAUUAUCAAAUGCCAGAACUUUUAAGGACCCCAUUGCAGUCUUUGUGUUUGCAAAUCAAGAGUCUGCAACUUGGCAGUAUAUCAGAGUUCUUAUCAAAUGCAUUGCAGCCGCCAGAACCUUUAUCGGUUCAAAACGCCAUAGAGUAUUUGAAGACAAUUGGAGCUUUAGAUGAGAAAGAAAACCUGACAGUUCUUGGGAAACACUUGUCAGUUCUUCCAGUUGAGCCUAAACUGGGAAAAAUGCUUAUAUUAGGAGCUAUUUUCAACUGUCUCGAUCCGAUUAUGACUAUUGUUGCUGGUCUUAGUGUCAGAGAUCCUUUCCUAAUGCCAGCUGAUAAGAAGGAUUUAGCCGAAUCAGCAAAAGCACAGUUUGCUGCCCGUGACUGUAGUGAUCAUCUUGCCUUAGUUCGAGCUUAUGAGGGCUGGAGAGAUGCUGAAAGACAGCAAUCCGGYUAUGAGUACUGUUGGAGAAACUUCCUCUCCAUGCAAACUCUCAGAGCCAUCGACUCUCUGAGGAAACAGUUCUAUUUUUUGCUGAAGGACACUGGUAUAGUUGAUCUUGAUGCAGAAAAGCUCAACAUCUCGAACCACGAUGAACAUUUAACCCGUGCAGUCAUCUGUGCUGGUCUGUUUCCUGGAAUUUGCUCUGUGGUGAACAAAGAGAAAUCAGUAGCUUUGAAAACAAUGGAAGAUGGUCAGGUUAUGCUUUAUUCGAACUCAGUUAAUGCUGGCUAUCCAAAAAUUCCCUACCCGUGGCUGGUGUUUAAUGAAAAGGUGAAAGUCAAUUCAGUCUUCCUUCGGGACUCGAGCGGUGUUUCCGACUCUAUCCUUCUUUUAUUUGGAGGAAAUGUUUCAAGAGGAGGACUUGAUGGUCACCUUAAAAUGCUGGAUGGUUAUUUGGAGUUUUUCAUGACACCAGCAUUGGCCGAGACUUAUUUGAGCCUUAAAAGGGAGAUUGAAGAACUUGUUCAUCAAAAACUUUUGAAUCCGAAGUUAGAUAUGCAGCCACACAAUGAACUAUUAUCAGCGAUAAGGUUGUUGGUGUCAGAGGACCGCUGCGAGGGUAGGUUUGUGUUUGGUCGCCAUGUGCCUGUACCAUCAAAGAAGGUGACGAGCGACAGCCUACCUCAACAGAGAAACGGUGAUGGAGGUGGGGGUGAUAACUCUAAGAGUCAGCUUCAGACCCUACUUCUGAGAGCUGGGCAUGAAGCACCAACUUACAAAACUAAACAACUGAAAGCUAACCAGUUCCGCUCCACUGUUAUUUUCAACGGGUUGGACUUUGUGGGCCAACCCUGUGGCAGCAAGAAACUUGCAGAAAAGGAUGCAGCCUCUGAGGCUCUGCUAUGGCUAAAGGGCGAGACGCAUUCAUCUUCCCGAGCUAUUGACCACGCUUCCAUACUUCUAAAAAAAAGCAAAAAGAAUAAUGAUAGAACAUCAUUUCGGAGCGCCAAAUGGAGUUAGAUCGACAGAUAGAUGAGUAGAAAAAGACCACAAUCGUGGAUUCGUUAUCGGCUUUGAAUGACUGUGCAACUCACUGACGUUUGAAGUUUUGAUUUUCAAGACUGAGGGAGAUCAAUUUUCUGGCCAUGGCUAGGCAACAGUCAAUCAAGUUCAAUCGCGAGUACAAGAUCUCGGCUCAGAGAUGACCUUGAAUCAUACAUUUUUGCAAGGGCGCACCGAGCACUAUUCUUCUCGAACGAAAACUCAAGGUUUAACGCAAAAGGAAGCAAGUUACUGUAGGCACAAUGUUAAUAAUCCUCCUCCAUAGAUUUAAGGAAUAGGCUAUAGAAAUUCACCAGACGAGAAACCGGGCUACAUGGUUGAUUGAUUGCUGCUUGAGAAGCUGUUGUACUGGGAUUUUUGUUACCCUUCCUGUACAGGCCAACGGAACCAAAAUAUGCCCUCAAAAGCUACAGCAGAAUUGGAAGUCUGCUUGUAUACCUUGCUUGUUCACCAUAUUUUACUGUUCUAACAUAUUCUCACAAAUAUUACUAAUGUUAAAUAUAGAUUGUAUUCCAUAAUAA